CUGUGAUUGGAGACUUCCUUCUUGAGAUCUCGCCUUCUCACACGACCGCACUCACAUCACCACGCUGCAUUCUCUCACUCAUCGUUACUGUCUCGCUCCAAGCAGACAGGCUCACACUCACCUAGCAUCUGGGUUUGCGCAUCACUGCACUCGUGCGACUUAGGACUCACACCUCUUACAGCGCGUCGUAUAGACCUACUCUCGCUCUCCUUUAGCCAUGGCACCUUCCACCUCGGACGCACCCCCUUGCCCUGACUGCGCCCCUUCCGAGGGACCAAUCAGGCAUGUCAACGGUAGCAAUGGCGUCGACAGCACCCAUCAGGCUAUUCCCACUAACGUCGCAAGCGGCGGAGCCAACUCUGCGCCUGCGCCAACCUCGAACGUCCCGUCCAAGUUCUUGAUGCCCUUCAUGAACCGCGACUUGAACUCCAAUGUUGCCAACUUCAAGAUCAUCGAAAGCACCUUGAGAGAAGGCGAGCAAUUUGCCAAUGCUUUCUUCGACACCGAGACCAAGAUCAAGAUCGCCAAGGCUCUUGACGCCUUCGGUGUGGACUGCAUCGAGCUCACCAGCCCGGCCGCCUCCGAGCAGAGCCGCAAGGACUGCGAAGCCAUCUGCAAGCUCGGUCUCAAGGCCAAGGUCAUCACUCACAUCCGAUGCCACAUGGAUGAUGCCCGCAUCGCCGUCGAGACCGGUGUCGAUGGUGUCGAUGUGGUCAUGGGAACGUCCAAGUUCUUGAGGGAGUACAGCCACGGAAAGGACAUGACUUACAUCACCAAGAAGGCGGUCGAGGUCAUCGACUUUGUCAAGAGCAAGGGAAUCGAGAUCAGAUUCUCCACCGAGGAUAGUUUCAGGUCAGACAUUGUCGAUUUGCUUUCCAUCUACCAGGCCGUCGACAAGGUUGGCGUGCACCGUGUUGGUAUCGCCGACACGAUCGGUAUUGCCAACCCUCGUCAGGUCUACGAGCUCGUCAAGCUGCUCAGGUCUGUCGUGUCCUGCGACAUCGAAGUUCACUUGCACAACGACACUGGAUGUGCUAUCGCCAACGCUUACUGCGCUUUGGAAGCCGGCGCAACUCACAUCGACACUUCGGUGCUGGGAAUCGGAGAGAGAAACGGUAUCACGCCCUUGGGUGCGCUCAUGGCCAGGAUGUACACCGAGGAUAGGGAGUAUGUGAUGGGCAAGUACAACCUCAAGAUGCUGCGUCAAGUUGAGGAGCUGGUCGCCGAUGCCGUCCAGAUCCAAAUCCCAUUCAACAACUACGUCACUGGGUACUGCGCUUUCACCCACAAGGCCGGUAUUCACGCCAAGGCUAUCUUGGCCAACCCAAGCACUUACGAGGUGCUGAGGCCGGAGGACUUUGGUAUGACCCGAUACGUCAACAUUGGCUCGAGACUGACGGGAUGGAACGCUGUCAAGAGUAGAGCAGAGCAGCUGGGUCUGACCUUGAGCGACGACCAGAUCAAGGACGUGACUCAGAAGAUCAAGGCAUUGGCGGAUGUUCGCGAAACACAAUUGGAAGAUGUCGACAAUCUCCUCUCCAGCGCUCACCAAGCGGCAAAUGGACAGAAGGUCGCUGCAUAGAUGGUCUGCUCUGGUACAAAAGGCUCGCUGGAGUCAAAUCAACCCAGAGCUUUGCAUCAAUCGCUCGCUCUAAUGACACUCUCGACUCCGUUCAAGAAAAAAUGCCCGAACCACGCGUCUCCUUGCUAGUCUCGUCUUUGCCUCUGAAUCGAUGUCAUUAAUUCUGCCGACGUCGAUCGGCCUUGGUCGAAUGUGUCGAAGCUAUGACUGCGUGGAGGUAAUUCACCAUGCUCGAAGCGGGC